AGAUGAUAAAAUAUUGGGUAUGGUGGGCUUACCUUAAUGGGCCUGACGGAUUGGGUCUCUUGGGCCUGCGUAGGUAUGGUCCCAGCUUUGGAGGCCCAUCACUACUGACGCAGCAAGGGCCCAUGAUCCGGUAAUGAGAAUCCUUGCUCACUACGUUUGGAAGAAUUGGGAAUAGAGUCCCACAUUGAAAAGAUGUGAGAACCAAAAAGGGAAAGUCAACCCCUUAUCACUAUAAAAGGCGUAAUACCCACAGAAAUCGAGGUAUGCUUUUAUGAACCCUCUCUAACGCACUAAGUAAAACAGAGGAAGUCUAACUUGACCGUCGGAGAGUCUUUGGCCGGCACCACACCGGUGCUCUCUGAAGGACUCUUUAGUUUGUUUCGUCGUGCAGGUUCAAUUCGAGUCGCGAGUACGGUGUGACCCAUUGGUGACGGUAAUCGACGUCAUCAGUUGGCGCCGUCUGUGGGAACUCGACGACCGGGUACGGUAACAUUUCCUAGAUAAAGGAGUUACAUGGUACUCACGCGCUCGAUGGCAACCACAAAUGACGUCCAAGAAGAAGCUCCUACGACUGCCCUUGAGAGACAGGUCAAGACGCUCGCCGCAGCUGUGGAGCGCCUCACCAAACAAAACCACGACCUGACGGAACAGCUGAAUCAAAAGAGUGCAGCCGUGAAUAGCCAGGGAGAUCAAGAAGGGAACAGUGCGGAGAGGAGAAAUAAUGACGGACCGCAGGAGAGCAACGCACCGAGCAAACAAGUGCGACGGGACGCUAGCAUCCCCUCAGUGACGGACACAGCUCCACAACCCAUCAUCGCAGAGAUGCAGGCGAUGAAGGAACAGAUGGAAGUCCUGAUGAACGCUCUCAAGGGGCGAGUGUCCAGCGAUCUUGACGACCUUGUCAACCGGACUGACUCGCCAUUUACGGCGUCCGUCAACUCCUUCCCCCUGCCGAGUAAGUUCCGCAUGCCGAGCAUGGACAGUUAUGACGGAGUCAAGGACCCCCUCGAUCACCUAGAGACCUUCAAGACCCUGAUGCACCUCCAAGGAGUGGCGGACGCGAUUAUGUGUAGGGCAUUCCCUACAACCCUGAAGGGCGCGGCAAGGAUUUGGUUCAGCCGCCUGACACCAAACUCCAUCGGCACCUUCAGAGAGCUGAGCGCUCAGUUCACUACACACUUCAUUGGAGGACAUCGGUACAAGAAAUCCACGGCUUGUCUGAUGAACAUCAAGCAGAGAGAGGAGGAGACGUUACGGGCCUACAUAUCACGCUUCAAUAAAGAAGCGCUCACGAUCGACGAAGCCGACGACAAAAUAUUGGUGGCCGCGUUCACAAACGGGCUGAAGGGGGGUAAGUUUUUGUUCUCCCUAUACAAAAACGACCCAAAGACAAUGUCGGAGGUGCUUUACAGGGCCACCAAGUAUAUGAACGCUGAAGACGCUCUACUAGCAAGAGAAGACAGACCGAAGAAAAGAGACAGACAAGAGGAUCCCCGACAGGACCAGGGGCGAAAAAAAGGACGGAUGGGAGAUCGAAGGGACGAGAGACGUCCAAAACCCAUGGGUGGAAGGUUCACAAGUUUCACCCCGUUGACAGCUCCGAUAGACCAAGUCCUAAUGCAGAUUAAGGACGAAGGAUCCCUGACGUUUCCGGGAAAGCUGAAGAGUGAUCCCAACAAAAGGUCAAGAGACAAAUAUUGCCGCUUCCACCGUGACCAUGGUCACGACACUGCCGAUUGUUACGACUUGAAGCAACAAAUCGAAAACCUUAUCCGACAAGGAAAGCUGAAGAAGUUCGUCAGCAAGGAAAGAAUGGAUCAACCCCAACAAGAACAACACCCCCGUCGAGAAAACGAGCGGCCAAGGCCCCCAAUAGGGGACAUAAGGAUGAUAAUUGGAGGAACAGCUGCGGCCGGAUCAUCAAAAAAGGCUCGCAAAACGUACCUUCGGAUGGUACAGAAUGUCCAGCUGGCAGGCACGGUACCAAAGAUGGCUAGAAGGGAAGGCCCCAUUAUCGGGUUCUCGGAGGAGGAUGCAAGACGCCUACACCAUCCACACGACGAUGCACUCGUCGUCACCUUGCGAGCAGGCGACUACAACAUCCACCGGGUGUUGGUCGACAACGGUAGUUCGGCCGACAUCAUGUAUUAUCCGGCAUUCCAACAAAUGAGGAUUGAUAGAGAACUGCUAAUACCGACAAACGCCCCGCUCGUCGGCUUCGGGGGGAGUAGGAUAUUCCCUUUGGGCGCCGUCACGUUACCGGUGACAGUAGGAGACUACCCCCAACAAAUCACUAAGGACGUAACAUUCCUGGUGGUCGAUUGCUCGUCAGCCUACAAUGCUAUUAUUGGACGGCCCACUCUCAACUCGUGGAAGGCGGCAACAUCAACAUACCACCUGAUGAUCAAGUUCCCAACGGAGUAUGGGGUAGGAGAGCUACGCGGAAGCCAAAUUGCCGCACGAGAAUGCUACGUAGCUAUGAUGGAGGUGGAAGACCAGAUCCAGGCCUUGAACAUAGAAGAACACCGAACGACGGCAGAACCUACUGAGAAGCUAGAGGAGAUAGUUCUCGACAGUUCCAAUUCAGAUCGAACUACCAGGAUCGGAACGCUUGUCAAACCCGCAAUCCGUCAAGAGCUCGUAGCUUUCUUGAGGAGCAAUAAGGAUGUGUUCGCUUGGAGCCAUGACGAUAUGCCAGGAAUCGAUCCCUCGGUCAUGGUACAUAAGUUGAAUGUGUUGCCCUCGUUCCCACCCGUCCGACAAAAGAAGAGAGUAUUCGCCCCGGAGCGAGACCAAGCAAUAGCGGAAGAGGUCCGCAAACUCCAAGAUGCAAGCUUUAUCAGGGAAGUCUACUACCCCGAUUGGCUGGCGAAUGUGGUAAUGGUGAAGAAAACGAGUGGCAAAUGGCGGAUGUGCGUGGACUUCACCGAUCUGAACAAAGCAUGCCCCAAAGAUAGCUAUCCCCUCCCAAGGGUCGACAUACUAGUGGACUCGACGGCUCAACACCAAUUGCUAAGCUUCAUGGAUGCUUUCUCGGGUUAUAACCAGAUCCGCAUGCACGAGGACGACCAGGAGAAGACUUCGUUUGUAACCAGUCAAGGUCUCUUCUGUUACAAAGUAAUGCCAUUCGGUCUGAAGAAUGCAGGGGCAACAUACCAGAGACUAAUGAACAAGAUGUUCGCACAGCAAAUCGGGAGAAACGUCCAAGUUUAUGUCGACGACAUGCUGGUGAAGAGCCGGAAGGAGGAAGACCAUUUGGAAGAUCUCAAGGAAACAUUCGGCACACUCCGAUCCUACAACAUGAAGCUCAAUCCAGGAAAGUGCGCGUUUGGUGUAACGGCAGGAAAAUUCCUAGGAUUCAUGGUAUCUCAAAGGGGGAUUGAAGCUAACCCGGACAAAAUCCGAGCCAUAAUGGAGAUGGCCCCCCCGAGAAACGUGAAGGAAGUACAGAGCCUUAACGGCAAGGUAGCGGCAUUAAAUAGAUUCGUGUCGAGAGCGACGGACAAAUGUUUACCUUUCUUCCGAACAUUGAAAAAGUCAUUCGAGUGGACGGACGAGUGUCAACGAGCAUUCGAGGAGUUAAAAACCUAUCUAUCUUCACCACCUCUACUGAGCCCCUCGCAACCAGGUGAAGAGCUCUUCCUCUAUUUGGCCGUCUCCACUGUGGCCGUCAGCGCGGCCUUAAUCAGAGAGGAGGACAGGGCACAGAAGCCCGUAUACUACGCCAGCCGGGCGCUCCGCGGUGCCGAGGAAAGAUACCAACCUAUGGAGAAACUCGCUUUUGCGUUGGUCACGGCGGCUCGCAAGCUCAAGCCCUACUUUCAAGCCCAUACCGUGAACGUAGUGACCGACAAGCCCUUGCGAAGGGCACUAAGUAAUCCUGAGGCCGCAGGUCGACUGACGCUGUGGGCAAUAGAAUUGAGUGAGUUUGACAUCAAGUAUCGUCCACGUAUGGCCAUUAAAGGACAAGCUGUAGCCGACUUCAUAGCUGAGUUUACGCAUGACGCGGACAAGGGGGCAGAAGAACCCCCUCAGUGGAAUAUCUACACCGACGGAUCAUCCAAUAAGCGAGUUGGAGGAGCCGGCAUAGUAUUGCUGUCACCUGAAGGAGACAAGAUUGAAUGUAUGGUCCGGCUCGACUUCCCCAUUACCAACAAUGAAGCAGAAUACGAAGCAGUAGCAGCAGGACUCGACCUAGCCAAAGCCGCCGGAGCUGAAAGUGUGGUCGUGCAUUGCGACUCUCAAGUCGUGACCAAUCAAGUAAACGGAGAUUAUGAAUGCAAAGGGGAAAGGUUGAAGAGAUAUCUCGAUCAAGUGAGGGCUAGAGUCGACGGGCUAAAAGCAACGUUCGUCCAGAUCCCCAGGGGAGACAACGAGCUCGCUGAUCGGCUAGCCAAAGCCGCUUCAGCAGAACACAUGAUAACACUGGGUAAUGUACUUCCCUUUGUUCAAAUCUUUCCGCUAAUAGACCCCGACAACAUGCAGGAGAUACGCUCCGAAAGAAACUGGACUACGCCGAUAGCUUCAUACUUAAAGGACGGGAUAUUGCCUGAGGAGAAGGAGGCAGCGAGAAAGCUAAAAGUCCGAGCGGCAAGGUUCGUCUUGAUAAAAGACAUUCUUUACAAGAGAGGUUUCUCCCGUCCUUACCUAAGAUGUCUCGGGGUUGAAGAGGCAGACUACGUGAUGAGGGAAGUACACGAAGGAAUAUGCGGGAACCAUUCUGGAUCGCGGUCGUUGGUGCACAAGCUGUUACGAGCUGGUUAUUACUGGCCGACCAUGCAAAAGGAUGCUGAGUCCUAUGUUAAAAGAUGCGACAAAUGCCAGAGGUUCAGCAAUUUUAUCGGACAGCCAGCUGAAGAGCUGACCCCCAUAACGGCUCCAUGGCCGUUCGCUCAGUGGGGACUGGACAUCAUGGGACCUUUCCCAACGGCGAUAAGGCAGCUAAAGUUCUUGGUAGUGGGCAUUGACUACUUCACGAAAUGGGUAGAAGCGGAAGCCUUGGCCACCAUUACAGAAAAGAACAUUAGAAGUUUUGUCUGGCGGAACAUAAUAUGUAGGUUUGGUAUUCCUAGAGUCCUUGUCUCAGAUAACGGGAGGCAGUUCGAUAACGGCCCCUUCCGUGAUUUCUGCUCACAACUAGGAAUAAAAAACCACUACUCAUCCCCCGCCCAUCCUCAGGCUAACGGUCAGGUUGAGGUCACAAACCGAUCCUUGCUAAAGAUUAUCAAAACUCGGCUCGAGGGGGCAAAGGGCAUAUGGCCAGAAGAACUGCCAAGCAUACUGUGGGCAUAUAGGACAACGGCGAGGACUCCGACAGGAGAGACACCGUUUCGACUGACCUACGGGAGCGAGGCAGUCAUCCCAGCGGAAGUUGGGCUCACGAGCUACAGGGUUCACAACCACGACGAGGGAAGGAAUGACGAAUCCAUGAGGCUACAGCUGGACCUUAUAGACGAGGUCAGGUCGGAAGCAGAACAGAGGAUCGCUAGAUACCAGGAUCGCAUGUCCAAACAUUUCAACUCCCGGGUCCGACAAAGAAGCUUCCAAGUUGGAGACCUCGUACUCAGGAGGGUCAUGGGUACAACUAGAGACCCUACACAAGGAAAACUCGGCCCCAACUGGGAAGGACCCUACAGAGUUACGUCGUGGAAAAGGAAAGGGACAUACCACCUGGAGACAAUAGACGGAGAAAAGCUACCACAUCCGUGGAAUGCCGAGCACUUGAGGAAAUACUACCAGUGAUAGCGACACGACAACCAGUUUCUCUUUUAAGACUUUUUGGGAAUUAUUAACUUUUAUUGGCACUGUUUAACUAUUUUUGCUACAAUAUUGUCGUGCCUUUUUUAAGCCCAAGGGGGCAGGCACUUUUCCUUUACGCAUUCUACAAUCAGAUGCAAUUUUUGAUCUUCUACUUGAAUGUAUGUCAUUGCAAUUGCCCACAAAAGUUAACGGAAACGAUAGAAGUCCGCAAGAUGGACGGAUUAUCCUACAGGGACGAUCCCACUACGUCCACAAGGUGGACGGAUCAUCCUACAUGGAUGAUAACCAUAAGUCCACAAGAUGGACGGAUACAAUAUGAAGUCCACAAGAUGGACGGAUCGUCCUACAGGGACGAUCACCCUGAGUCCACAAAGUGGACGGAUCACUAAGGUGAUGAAACAAAAGUCCACAAAGUGGACGGAUCACUAAGGUGAUGAAACAAAAGUCCACAAAGUGGACGGAUCACUAAGGUGAUGAAACAAAAGUCCACAAAGUGGACGGAUCACUAAGGUGAUGAAACAAAAGUCCACAAAGUGGACGGAUCACUAAGGUGAUGAAACAAAAGUCCACAAAGUGGACGGAUCACUAAGGUGAUGAAACAAAAGUCCACAAAGUGGACGGAUCACUAAGGUGAUGAAACAAAAGUCCACAAAGUGGACGGAUCACUAAGGUGAUGAAACAAAAGUCCACAAAGUGGACGGAUAACUAAGAUGAUGAAAUAUGAGUCCACAAAGUGGACGGAUCACUAAGGUGAUGAAGCAUAAGUCCACAAAGUGGACAGAUCGCUAAGGUGAUGAAACAAAAGUCCACAAAGUGGACGGAUCACUAAAGUGAUGAAAUAUGAGUCCACAAAGUGGACGGAUCACUAAGGUGAUGAAACAUAAGUCCACCAAGGUGGACGGACUACUUAGGUGAUGUGACAUAGGUCCACAAAGUGGACGGAUCACAAAGGUGAUGCAAUUAGUCCACAAAGUGGACAGAUCACUAAGAUGUUGAAAUACAUGAAAUAAAGUCCUUGAGAUUGACGGACCGUCCUACAUGAAAUAAAGUCCCAAGGUGGACGGAUACAAUAGAUGGACGUUUUCGCAAAGUGGACGUAUACUGGCUACGUUAAAAUUAUCUACAAGUCCAUUAAAUACGCGAUAUAUUUAAAAGUGAUGAACAACGCCACAAAGUGGACGGUCCGCAUAAUAAACCCCUCAAAACAGACGGAGAAGGAAAAUCCUCACCGAUGUAAAAGCUCAAUCAACACAAGAUAACAAGUCUGCAAUGUGGACGGAUAAUCACAGAUUAACAAAUAUUCUCACAAAAAUAAUCCCUCAAGAAGGUAGACGGAGUUUUAAACAGAGCACCAAACAAUUAUAAAAAGCAUGUGAACUUUUAAGCCAAAAGCCCCAAAGGCAAAUGUUCAAUACAAAAAAAAAAGGGACGGUUUGUCUUAAAAAAUGAAUAAAAAAGAAAGACGGAUUGUUCAGUACAUAUGCAUCAAU